CGAUCACAGCAAUGUUGCUGCCAUGCAUGCAACAUACGGCAACGGCGUCAACAACUGCAGCAACAGCCUCAACAGCAUUUGCAAUCAGCAGCAAAUCAGCAACUACAGCAACAACAACAUGAACGUCAGCGGUUUUCUUGGCGCCGGCAGCAGCAGCAGCGAUUAUAUGGCCAAUGCAACCGCAGCUGCUUCUGCUGCAUAUGUGACACCAGCAGCAAUUGCAACAACAACAACAACAGCAAUGCCAGCGUCAGUGAGUACAACAACAAUGCUGUCUAAUUACUGCGAUGCAGCGACUAUGAUGAUGGCCGCUGCCGCUGUCAAUGCAAAUCAGUGCCUGCAACAACACCACCAACGAUUGCUGCUGGCCAGCGGCAACAGCAGCCACAGCCACAACCAUAGCAGUAACAACAGCAAUAGCGAUGAGCAAUUGGCCACGGCAGCGGUCAUGGCCUCCUCCUCGUCCUCAGCUGGCUCGCUGUCAUCGGCAUCGUCCACACCGACAGCAACGGCCGUCGCGACAGCCCAGCAGCAACAACAACAACCGUCGCUGCCAUCGCCGCCAAAUUUAAUCGAUAUCAGCGAAGUUCCUCGCAUUGUGGAUGUCAAGUAGUGUAAUUAUUUAUGCAUAUUGAAAAAACCAACAAAAAAACCAACAGAAAAAAUCUCUAAUGAAAAAUGUAAAAAAAAAAAAAACAAAAACAAGAAACGAGAAUCGUGUAGCUUAAUUGUUUUAAAAUCUCCUUUAGUUGUUGUAACUUGUACAUAAACAAUUUUCAACUUUCACCCAGGCGCCCACAACUGACAGCCAAAUGCGGUUUUUUUUUUUAGAUACAAAGCUGCUCCCUGGUUAACUGUUGCAAAAGAAAGAAAAAGAUUAAAAGUAAUCCUAAACGAUUAUCGUUUCAAUAUUUUUGCAUUCUCUUCUUUCUUUGGGCGUCCAUCAGUUCUACUAUAUGUCUGUAUAAUAUUCAAAGGCACUGAGUUCUACUUAAUUUUUAAAUCAAAUGAAAACUAAACUAAAGUAAAAUUUUUGAUAUACCCUACCACAAACGAAAUAUAACAAAUAAAAUACACAAAAAAGACAAAUGUAAAUGUAUGUUAGGCAAAAUAUUUAUGUAUUUCUUGUAGCAUAUAUAUAUAUAUAUAUAUAUAUAUAUAUCUAUAUUAGGCAGCUAUAACUAUAUAGGUCUAUGCGUUCUAUAGUGUACUUUAAAGUCUAAUCUUCCAGUGGUUUGCAGAAUUAUACCAAAAAUAUAUUUUUACUUUAUGUGUGGCAAUUAUAUUUUGUGUGUGCUUUAGCAA